AUGGAGUCCUCGGUGGCCCAGGUGAAGGUCAACUUCACAACGACGCAUGAAGACCUCCAGCUCGACGAUAGCAAGAGGCAACUGAUUGUGCCCGCAGACAUCAAGCGAUAUGGCCUCUCGAGGAUAUUGAACUCGGAGUCGAUGCUCAACACCUCCUCCCCGGUGCCCCUCGACUUCCUCGUCAACGGAAACUUCCUCCGCACGACCCUCGAAGAAUACCUCCAGUCCAACGGCCUCUCCUUCGAGUCCACAAUCACCCUGCAAUACGUCCGCUCCCUGCUGCCCCCCGUCUACGAAGCCUCCUUCGAGCACGACGACUGGGUCGCGGCCGUCGACGUCCUCUCCGCCACCUCCCCGGCCGGCAUCUGGUCCGGCGACGCCAUCCCCCAGGGCCAGGACCGCAUCCUCUCCGCCUCCUACGAUGGUCUCGUUCGCAUCUGGGACGGCUCCGGCCAGUGCCUCGCCACGUCCGCCUCGGCCCGCGCCGGCGGCCACUCCAAGCUCCUCACCGACGCAAAGUUCCUCUCGUCGACGCAGCUCGCCUCCGUCGGCCUCGACCAGAAGGUCAUUCUCUGGAAGUACACCGAGUCCGCCGACCGCUUCACCGGCGACCUCAAGCCGACGCUCGAGCUCCACGGCCACAAGAAGAUGAUCAACUCCCUCGCCGUCCACGGCCCCUCAAAACGCCUCCUCACCGCCUCCGCCGACGGCCGCGUCGGCCUCUGGGCCGCCUCCAAGAAGGACUCCCCCGAGGUCGACGCCGACGAUCUCCCCGCCAAGCGCGCAAAGACCUCCGCCGGCUCCUCCGUCUCCGUCCCCCAGCGCGGCGCGAAGGCCAUGAUCCCCGCCCACGAGGGCUCCUCCGCCACCGCCGUCGCCUUCCACCCCUCCGACCCCACCGUUGCCUACUCCGCCUCCACCGACCACACCCUGCGCACCCUCGACCUGACGAACGGCAGCGUCGUGAGCACCCUCACCACGAUGCAUCCGCUGCUCUGCCUCGCGCCCAUGGGCGGCGCUUCGUCGCUGGUCGCCGCCGGCUCCGCCGCCCGCCACGUCACGCUGCUCGACCCCCGCGCCACCGCGAAUGCCACCUCGGUGCUCACGCUGCGCGGCCACGCCAACAUGGUCUCCGCGCUCGCGCCGAGCCCGGACAACGAGUACUCGCUCGCCUCCGCGUCCCACGACGGCACCGUCAAGAUCUGGGACCUGCGCAGCGUGCGGCCCGCGACCAAGGACGAGGGCGGCGGCAGCGUCAGCGAGGCCGUGUACACCAUCUCCCGCGAGUGGCUCAAGGGCAAGAAGGUGCCGAUGGGCGGCGAGGGUGCCAAGGUGUUUGGGCUGGCGUGGGACAAGAGCUGGGGUAUUGUUAGCGGUGGUGAGGAUAAGAAGGUGCAGAUCAACAGGGGGAGAGAUCUCGUUUCGUCUUAG